GUUUAAAGCUCCAUCUCCCGCAGAAGAUCAGAGUUUCUUAUCCCCUUCAAUUCAGGCAGAAAUCAUACCAAAACCCUAAAUCAGAGACAUGGAGGAAGUGAUUCAAAUCCCAAAAGCAAAGCUUAAUUCCGGUCACCAAAUGCCCCUUUUAGCCAUGGGAACUUCUUCUACCUCACCUCAAGAUCCAGACCAGUUAACAUCAACCCUUAUUCGCGCCAUAGAGAUGGGCUACCGUCACUUCGACACCGCCGUCGUCUACGGCUCCGAGGAGGCCCUGGGGCGGGCCGUAGCCGCCGCCGUCGAGCGUGGACUUGUUGCGAGCCGUGACGAGCUUUUCAUCACUACUAAGCUGUGGUGCACGGAGACUGAUCAUCAUCUUGUUGUUCCUGCCCUCAAGAGAUCGCUUGGGAGGUUGGGACUAGAUUAUGUGGAUUUAUAUCUGAUACAUCUUCCGUUCAGAGUAAAGGAUAGUAUUGAAGGCUUGGACUUCAAAACAGAAAAUAUUGUUACUUUUGAUAUGAAAGGGACAUGGGAAGGAAUGGAAAAUUGUUGCAAAUUAGGUUUGGCCAAGUCUAUUGGUGUUUCUAAUUUUACUCCAAAAAAGAUUUCACAACUUCUUCAGAAUGCUACCAUUUCUCCCGCUGUUAAUCAGGUGGAGAUGAGUGUUGCAUGGCAGCAAUCUAAACUCUUAGAGUUUUGUAGAGAAAAAGGAAUUCAAGUUAGUGCAUGGAGUCCUCUGGGAAAUAAUGAUGCCCCGUGGGGAAACCCUGGCUUAUUGGAUAUCCCACAACUUAAGGAUAUUGCGAUGGCCAAGCACAAAACCACUGCACAGGUUGCAUUGAGGUGGGUAUAUCAACAAGGAGCAUGUGUAAUUGUGAAGAGUUUUAACAAUGAAAGGAUGAAACAAAAUCUUCAAAUCUUUAAUUGGAAACUUGAAGAAGAUGAAAUUGCUAAGAUUCAACAAAUACCUCAGCGAAGAGGAUUUAAAGGAGCUGAGUUUGUUCAUUCGAAUGGUCCAUACAAAUCUGAGGAGGAAUUGUGGGAUGGAGACAUCUAAAAUAUCAAUUCUCUAAAUUGUUACCAACCAUGGAAGAACACUACAUUUAAAUAUAUGUUUGUCAAGUUGAACUACAAUAGUUUUUAUUUUAUUUUGUUUUAUUUUUUGGUAUUGUAAUAAGAUAUCUUGAAUUGUGAACUCUUAUCUUCAAGUGUCACGCAAUAAUUAAAUCGGAACUAUGAUAAUUUGUUUGUUUA